AUGGAGAUCCUACAGACGAAUUCAGCCAUGCUCAGCAACUACGAGGUGAUGUCCUUGUUGGCCGACCAGAAGGCACAACGGAUCGCCAACGAGGUUGCCGGCACGAGGGAAGUUGCCGAGAACCUGCGUACCGUCGAGUUUGAGGUUCAGAAAUAUCUUGCAGCAUCGCCAUGUUCGACACAGUCAGGGGAUCAGAUCCGGGAAUUGAAGAAGGCUUUCAAAGAUUAUGAGCUCAUGAAGGUCGAGCUCUUGCAGAUCUUGAACCUCAGGCCGAAAUCUGCCGUUGAGCUCUUGUUGGUGAUCGAGGAAUUUGAGGAACGGUUUGCGCUGGAUGAUUGUGAGAAGAUGCUCAGUAUCAUUGCUAAGGCGUUACCAAGAGACGAUGACGAGGAGAUGGUGGAAGGAGGCGAGGAGGAGGUUGCUGAGAACGCAUAG